AUGCAUCAAAGAAACGACGAGGUCCACGUGCAAUUAGCCCUCCAGGCAAUGCAAAAUGACACAAAGCUAAGCGCUCGAGCCGCUGGUAAGAUCUACAAUGUGGAUCACGAGAAGCUAAGCCGCCGGCGACGCGGUAUGCAACCACGACGCGAUAUCCCGGCCAACUCGCGGAAGCUGACCGAUUUGGAAGAGUCGAUUGUUGUUCAGUAUAUCCUCGACCUGGAUUCCAAAGGAUUUCCUCCUCGCUUGUGUGGUGUGGAAGAUAUGGCUAACGGACUGCUUGCCAAACGCGACGCAAGACGCAUCGGGACGCGUUGGGCGUCCAACUUCGUCAAGCGGCAACCAGACCUCACCAUGCGUUUCAAUCGGAAAUACGACUACCAGAGAGCUCUAUGCGAGAAUCCAGAUCUUAUUCGUGGCUGGUUCGCGCUUGUGCAAAACACAAUCGCGAAGUACGGUAUCCAGGGGGCCGACAUCUACAACUUUGACGAGAUUGGGUUUCUGAUGGGCGUCAUCUCGACUAUACUGGUUGUUACGGGCUCUGAACGGCGUGGCAGACGGAAGACAAGGCAGCCAGGAAACCGCAAAUGGUCAACUGUGAUCCAGGGUAUCAAUGCCCGAGGCUGGGCAAUCCCACCAUUCAUCAUCGUCGAGGGCAGCUACCACCUCUCUGCUUGGCACGAGAACAGCCGAUUGCCUCAGGACUGGAUAACUUUCUACGUCCGCAAAUGCCCGCUGAAGGCGGCAUACGGCAAGCAGAUCGAGGAGAUGAUGCGGGCAAGCAUAACCCACAUUACUAAGGAGGACUUCUUUCCUGCAUUCCUCGCAGCUCACCAGGCAACGAUGACGUACGACAACAUUCGGGGAGGUUUUCGAGGUGCUGGGCUUGUUCCUUUUUAUCCCGAGGAGGUGAUCUCCCAGCUCGACAUCCGUCUUAAGACGCCAACACCCCCGAACUCACGGCCAGGCAGUGCCUACGCGUGGGUUUCCAAGACGCCGAACAACCCAAUCUAA